UCACAUAUCAGUUUGCAAACAAUGUAAAAAAUAACACAAUUAUUGAGUUAAUACAGCCGCAUACAAACAUGGUCUCUUUUUUGCUUUCUUGAGAAAGGCAGCUCCAAAAUGCAGGUUUUUCAGCCUAGCUCAGUGCUUUCUGUGGGUGGGACAGCCAGCGGAAAAUACGGAGCGAAGGGGUUGGUAAUGUUCUGUAGUUGCGCUGUGAUUGGCUCAGUGUUCUUUCACUCAUGGGAAACUAUGUCACCACAAAAUCUACGGGAGAGCUCAAGAGUUCAAGCCCCUUUGGUGUAGCCAUAGAGUUACAUUAGAAGUGCCCAUCCAAGAAGGCUCAAGGUCAUUGGCCACAGAUAAAAUUAUGUCAAAUCACUUUAUAUCUACAUUAGCUUUGAUUUGACUGAUCAUGUCAACAUCAUACUUUCAACAUCUUAACUAGUGAGCUAGCAGUUAUCAUCAUGAAUCAAGUCUACUGGCAAAUUUUUGAAGAGAAAUUAUAGAUAAAACUUAUCGGUGCUCAUCGACCAUUGGACAUAAACAUUACACAACAAGUUGUACAUCGCAAGUUCAACAAUAAGUUGUUUGGAAGGAAUCAGUGGCUAACUGCAAGCAUUGCAAAGCAAUCACUAGCCAGCUAUUCAGUGGAGUUGAUGUGUGGUCCAAGUCUGGGCUUAAAGAUCUCUUUUCCAAAGAAUAAACAUAUACAAUUGGCCAUGCUGUCAACCCAACAUGACUUCUGCUGCUUUCAAAACAACUGGAAACUCUGAACUGGGAAAUAUCAGACUUCAGUGAGUUCAAGACAACUGGGAACUUUGGAAAAAAAUGACCUCCGACUGGGAAAUACAUUUUGAACUGUCAUCCAACCUGGCAUUCCAAAUCGGGCACAGCACAACAAGAUUAGUCCAAAAAUGUGUUGUUUAUUGCUGCAUAAAUUAUGUACUAUGCCAGGGAGAUAUGUAUACUAAGUGUAUGUUGUGUAGUAAGCUGUUCGUAGCCCAUGAGCCUUACCCUAAAAAUUUGGUCCCCUUUCCCCUCAUAAUUUGGCCUACUGUUCUGACUUGGUGGUGCAAAUGUAGCCUAUAGCUUGUUUCAGAGAAAUGUCAUCAUUGAAUAUUGUAAGAGCUUUCAUUGUCUGCUUACAGUGGUCUCCAAAAUUACUGGCACCCCUGACUGCCAAUGCACAAGCAAUACUUUAAAAAAUAUAAACAAUAUAAUAAUAGAGAUAAACUCAAAAUACCAACAUGUGACAAAUACUGUACUUUAUUAAUGUUUCAAUGGAACCAACCAAAACAAUUUAUUGAUUUAAUUAAAAAUCAAUGUCCUCCAAAUCAAGGUUUCACAAUUAAUGGCACCCUUAAAGAUUAUUGUAAAUAACAUCUACCAAAAUUAAACCACAAUAUGCCCCCUUUAUUUAUCAUACGGUUCUGACUUGGUGUACAGGGAGAAUACUGUAAGAACGGUUUAAGUUCUGAAUUCUGUCGCUGUACAUUUCAAAAGUGCUGAACAAAUAGGUAUAUUGACUAUGUCCAUCCUAGCUCGAUCAUUAAUGUCUUAACCAAAAUUAUGUAUUGUCGUCCCCUUAUGCCAUCAUUUGUACAUCUCAGUAGAAACCACAUUUAUUUAAGCAAGUAAACCAUAUCAGCUAUGGUUUUUAAAAAGGCAGUAAAUGAGGCUGAAUAAAAUGUUUUUCUGCCAGACAAGGCUCCGCUGAUAGCCAGGUGUAACAGUGGUAAGGUGUUGGAACUGCUGUUGGGACUUCGUUGUUGGGACAGCUUUAUGUAGGCCCUAACAGUUAGUGGGCAACCGUUUGUCACCCUUAUAGUCCAAUUAAUGCAUUGUUUAGGGUUGUGUUGUGUUAUGUAGUGGAUUUGCUGGGAUGUGUCUAAAAGCAUUUUUUUGAGUUUGCCACACCAAGAUUUACAUGCUAAAAUCACCACUGGUCAGGUGAUUCUCUUCCAUCACCAAUAUGUCACACCUGUGUGCUCUUUAUCCUGUACUCAUAAACAUUUCCAUGUUUUUGCUUUUAGGGAUGAAUACGAGGGCUUAGUUGACGUUCGGCCGGCAAGGUAGAGACGACGGGGAUGUGUUGGUGUUUUCUGCUUUCUCUGUGAUGCAUAUUAUUUACAUUUGUUUUCUUUCUGCAUUGUUAGGAAGGGCCCGUAAGUAAGCAUUUCACUAUUAGUUUACACCUGUUGUUAACAAAGUAUGUGACAAAUACAAUUUCAUUUGAUAGGUGGGUUUAGCCUUGUCACUCCUUCAGCAACCUAAAAUGACCAUGAUGAAUAAAAACAAACAGUAACAGCAUUAGCAUAUUUACCAUUACACCAUCGUUCAUAUGUAAGACAAAUCAUGUUUUCCGAUCUCAAGGACCAUUUUAGAUUUAAAUUUAGCUACACGUAACCCAAAACAGGUUACAGCAUUGAAAACAUUCACCUUUUACUUCAUUCCCUUAUCUUCUAGUGUGACCAUUAAGCUGUUCACGUCUUAAUUGUUUCCCAUCUAGCACCAUUCAGAUUAGCCUAAUAGCCCAGAAAGGUUUCCACUGAUCAUAUUAAGGGUAGUUACCUCCAAUCUAGGGAACAAUUUUAAACAUCCUAUUAUUUUACUCAGUUUUGAAUUUAUUAGAAAGCUUGCUUAUCGGAAGUAUGUGUAUAUUAUUGCCCUAAUGUAGUGGAACUAAGGUGUUAUUCCUGUUGAUAUGCCGGUGUUGCCACAAAUCACCUCUGAGAAACUGUAUAAAAGGAGCCAUGUCUUCUAGCAAUUCACAAAAAGCCUGCAUCUCUCACUGAAGAAUAUCCAUUCACAAGUUUUGUCACCAUGAAGGUAGCUUUGUUUUCACUGGUGGUUCUCUGCGUGGCUGGGAUGCUGCGUGCUGAAGUCCUGUCCCAGUCUGACGAGAACAGUCUCACAGAAAAUGGACAGGGUUUGGGGAGAAGAUAUGCAGAGUCAACCAUCGCCAGUGACAUGAGCAAAAUCAUGGACUCCAUGGUGCAGAAGAAUUUUGUCAACUUCCUGCUCAACCAGAGAGAGAAAAAGAGCAUGUCUAAUGUCACUCCAGAGGAAGAUCCAGAGGCUCGCCUGUACUACAAUCUCCUGAAAAAGCUUGCACUGUGCAUUCGCAGCAAGGGACAGAUCCAUUGAUGAUGUUUUGAAGAAUAUCAACAAAUGAUCAACAUUGGUGGGAGAGUAAUGCAAAGAGAAGUCAACAAAAACAUGACAAUUUGGAGGAAAAUGUAUGCUAUCUAUUUUUGUGUACACAAUAUAUAUUGUAAAGUUAGAAAUAUGAAUCCAGCAUGUCUGAACUUUUUCAUAAAUAAUUGUUUAGGGGAAAUAAAAUAGCUUGAAUUAAAAAACAAAAAUUGGCCUCACUGAGUU